UAGUCUGUAGAUGUUAUUGUUUGGGCAGACUCAUAACCUCACUAGUCACCAGAUCAACAAGACAUCAAUACGACACAAAAAAUAUUUAAUUACUAUAAUAUUCAUUCUAUUUAACCUAUUGUUCUUUCCGAGUGUAUAUGAGUGAAAGUAACUCUAUUUUAGAAUAUACAAUACUUGAAUGUAAACAAGAACCUCGAUUUUCUAUAAUUUUAAAUUAUUCUAGAUGCCACUUUAUGCUAUGAGUUGAACAAAAUAAAUUGAUCAAAAAACUAUGGGUCACGGUGUUAGUCAGUUUACUGAGCAAGAACUUCAGGAUUAUCAGGAUUUGACAUUCUUCACCAAAAAAGAGAUUCUAUACGCACACCAGAAGUUCAAGGCGUUGGCUCCGGAGAAGGUCGGUCACAACCGGAAUGCCAAGCUGCCCAUGAGCAAGGUGCUGCAAUACCCCGAGCUGCGAGUCAAUCCGUUUGGCGAGCGCAUCUGUCGAGUGUUCAGCUCGAGCCGCGAUGGCGACUGCACCUUCGAGGAUUUCCUUGACAUGAUGUCGGUCUUCAGCGACGCAGCGCCCAAAGCUGUCAAAGCGGAGCACGCUUUUCGAAUUUUUGACUUUGACGGAGACGACAUGUUGGGCGUGCAAGACCUGCGGCAGGUGGUGGACCUGUUGACGAAGCCACAGCGGCUGUCAGACCAGGACAUGCAACACCUGCUGCAGAACAUCCUCGACGAGGCUGACCUCGAUGACGACGGAGCGCUCUCAUUCGCCGAGUUCGAGCACAUCGUCGACAAGUCACCUGACUUUGCAAAUGUUUUCUGCAUUCGUCUUUAGAAACUUAUUUAUCAACAUGCGCUUUUUUCACCCUACACUUUUCUUCAAGGCAACUUUGAAUUUUCUUACAACUUCAUUUUUGUCCUUACUAGUCAUGCAGCUUUAGAAUAAGAAGAACGUAUUCAUCCAUAUUUCAACUAAAAUAUAAUGUAGAGCUACAGUAGCCUACUACUUAUCUUACAUUAUGACUUUUUCUAAAAAUAUAUCAUUGUUCUUAAUAUAAGGCAUCUUGUGAAUCAUUUUUCAAAUAAAUUUUCUUACUUGUAACAGUGUCAAUAUUUCUGAAAAUUCAAUUCCUUAGUUUAGUAGCUUAUUUACACUUACAGUAAAGUACUUCAUAGGAAUGAACUCGUCCUGAUCUAGUUGUCAUUACUUGAGCUAAUGGUAAAGUGUAUUUCAAGUUAAAACUGCAUAUAGCUUUAUAAUUGUAAAAUACUUCUAGUAUUCUUUAUUUAAGAAGCAAUUCUGAAAAAAUAAUAUUAUUUGAAUUGAAUAAAUUUCUUGUAAUAAUUAAACUCAGCAACAAGUAAGUAUUCUAAAUGGAGUUUAGAUGCAUUCACAGGAAAAUAAAAAUAGCAAAAAUAUUGUUCAAUUUUAUUUUUUAUAAAUUUAGUCGAAAUAAUUUAAAUGCAUUGAAAGUACAGUAAAAUAUAAUUUAUAGAAUACAAGAAGUAGACAACGCUGAUACUGGUGUGUUGUAAACACGAGAACCGAGAGCAAUGUUUUGCGUCGCAAGAUUCAAGUUCUCAGAUAACCACUGAAAAAAAAACAAAUGCAAAAUUAUAGAAAUUGAACAAGAAUUUUUCCAUAAUCUUCAUUCAAUACAACAGAACAUAAUAUCUGGCAUCAUCAAUAUAAAUUAUUGUUGGCUUUUGCAAUGGUCAUCAUUCUCCAUAUGUGGUUUAAAAAUUCAGAAUUUACGCUUAUCGAAAUUCGACGAAAUAUUCAAUACGUUUAAUUUUAUAAUAAUGUACAAACAGAAUAAUACAUAAUAAUUUAUCAUUA